AUGCAAGCCCCCCGCCCCUCCCUCCGCCCCACAACUCCCUCCUCCUCCCAAACCCCUCCCCUGCAAUAUCAAUAUGUCCGCCCCGGCGACUCUGUCGACGAAGCUCCGAGGUAUUCGAGGCCCAUCCCGCCUUCCUGGGCGCAGCAGCCGGGCUGGAAACCGAAAGGCAGGGGACCGAUGAGCACGAAGCAUGGGCUGGAUGAUCUUGAUUUGAGGAAUACGGUUUAUAAUACGAAUAUACCGUAUGAAGAGCCGGCUGGGAGUUCGACUGCUUCUUCAAUGCCUGCUUCGAAGCCUUCGAGGACUUCGACAUUGGACGGUUCGUCAGCAAACCUCCAAAGUCCGAGGUCGAACCCUCCCACAGCCCCCCAAACACGCUCCAUCCCGACCCAGCCCACCCCGCCUCCAACCCCACCGCCCGAGAGAGAACCUUCCCCGCCCCCACCAGAGCCCGAACCAAGCGCCCUCUACCGCGCCUACACGCACCUCAAGAACCUCUCCUCCCGCCCUGAAAACUACUCCAACCCUGCUCUGAGCGGGGUGUACGGGUCGAGUGUGGGGGUGACGCUGCCGAGUACAAAGGGGGGGCAGCCGAGUAAUGUGAGGGUUGUUAAUGUACCCCGCGUGCCCGGGCAGGGUGGUGCCGGGCAAGGGACAGGGACAGGGCAAGGGGGGUUGGUGUGGGAGCAGAAGAUUGGAUUUGAGAGACCUAUGAAGAUGUGGGAUGAACCUGAGACGAUGAAGGGCAUGUGGGAGCAGUGGCUCGAGUCGCAUAUUGAAGAUGUGGAUGAUGAGAUCGAACGAUGGACCGCCAAUAUCGGGCGGAAUCUGUCUUCGGUGAGGGAGACGUAUCGUCGGCAGGAUGAAGCGUGGGGCGAGGCCGCUUCGGCGCUGAAUGAUACGCUGAGAAGCAUGUCGACAUACGACCCCAGUAACCCUGCGGUGCAGGGUAUGAAACAAGGUCUCGCAGAUGUCAUGGGGAGUUUGAAUGGCUUGAGGAGUGAGAUGGAUAAGGGGCGAACGGCGACGUUUGAAGGGCUGCAUAAGAUUCAUCUGGAGCGGUAUAAGGCGGCGCAGAGGGGGAGGGCGUAUGGAGAUUAUCUGGUUGAUACGGAGAGGGGUGAUUUGGAGUUUGAGGAGGCGGAGGAGAUUUGGAAGAAGGAGAAGAAGGCUGCUUUUAGGAGUGAUCGGUCUGGUCAGAGAGAAGAGUCGCCAUUCGAUCAAUACAUGUCAUCCCGCACGGGCACAUCUCCAUCAUCCGUCCACCCUUCCAUCGUCGCUUCUCACCUAGCCACCUUGUUCAGCCAAAAUCCUCUACUACACCGCAGAGCGCAGAUGGACCCAGAGAUGAUGAAGCGGCUGUAUGAUGAUAUUGCAGAGUCGCUGGAGGGGCAGCAGGAGGAUGACGAGAGUACUGAAGAGGAUGAGUAUGCGGCUGGGUUUCCCCCGGGGAUGGGAGGUCGGUUUGCACCGCAACGUCAGCCGCCUGGUCAAUCUUUUCCUAGUAGCAAUGGGGCAAGUAGGUUCGGGCAGGGACAGACUUCGUUUGGUAGUCGUCCUCAAGCGUCUUUCGGACGGCCUGGGGUAUCGUUCGCACAACCACAGACACAACAGCAGUCCCCGUUCAAUCGCUUCCGACCGCCUUCUCCAGAAACGCCACCCCCGGGCCGUAGCGCGCCUUCACCAGGCAACGUCUCUCAAGAAACUAUCAGUGCUCUGCGAGAAGUUUUACGAAGUGACCCUCAGCUCCAGGCUGCUGCUUCUCGAAACCCCGAGAUAUUGAGAAAUUGGGUGAGUCAGAUUGAGAGUCAGACGGGCUCGCGUCAGCAACAGACGACCCUUGGGCAUUCUCAACAGUCUUCUUUUGGUUUCCCGGAUAGUCAGUUCGGUAGGACACAGCCGACGGGGCCUCAAGGUUCUCAGCAAAACUUUGAUCCUCCUUUCUCAAGGCCUCAAGCGGCACAGCAGAACUUCAACUCGGCUUUACCGGGUGGCAGGUUCGCACAGCCUGAAGAGCCGUACUUUGAGCCGCAAUCGAAACCGUCUUUCGGGUCGAAACCGUCGUUCGGAUCACAGCCGUCAUUCGGGUCGCAGCCGUCAUUCGGAUCACAGCCGUCAUUUGGGAGCCAGUCGCAACAACAGUCACAAUAUAACAGCGGCUUCCAACCUAGUGCUUCUUCCGGAACCCCGCCUCCCCAAAGCAAGCCUCAGCAUACGCAAUCAAAAGCUUGGACCUACAUGGGCCGUGCUGCUACCCUCAUAGAUCAAAUGAUGCAAAGCAACCCUCGGAUGCAAGAUACGGCUCGGAAGAAUCCGAGCAUUGUGGAGACUUUGGUACAUCAGUUGGCUUCAAAGUUUGCUAGGGAGGCGUCUCAGGGUGAAGAGUCUGGGCCGUCGGAGAAUGGAGGAUAUGAUGAGCCACCAGGCAGGUACGCCCAGCCUCCUUCGACGUCGUCUUUCGGCGGUUUCAGUCGUCCUCAAACCACUCAACAAUCUCAUCCGUCGUUCAAUGACUUUGCUAGCUCAACGCCAUCCUACACCCAAGGAGGGGCGGGUCGUCAUUAUACAGAUGAAGCAUCCGAAAAACCUUUUACAUCUCGCUUCGGAUCGUUCUUCCGUCGUCGCCCUGCUGCUCAGCAACCGCAACCGGCGCAAACGAGACCCCAAACGCCAUUCAGCUCUUUCGGUGGUUCUCAAUCUGGUUUUUCUCAGUUCCAGCCUCAGUCGCAAACGCAGUCUCAGUACUUGAAACCUAGCUUCAACAGUACGGGCUUUACUGGAAGUACGGCAGGGCCACAGCAAUUUAGAUCUAUGGGCGGACCAUCAAUGGGGAGAGGAGGAGGGGUGUGGGGAGGAAGCAAGGCGUGA